AUGGCUUUCGAGAUUAGGGGCGUUCUAAUGGAGUGGAAGCGGACCUUGAUCACCCUCAUUCUGAAGCGAUCUGACAUCUCAAUCCCGAAGCACUUCAGACCUAUCAGUCUUUGCACCAUCCUCUACAAGGAGUUUAUGCACCACCUUCAGAGAGCUCCUUAUCGCCACAGCCUCAUGGUGAUCAAGCUGGAUAUGGAGCAGACAUAUGAUCGGAUGAGCUGGUCGUUCCUUCGACGGAUGCUCCAGGAGUUGGGAUUCAAAGAGAGGUGGAUUGGCUGGACCAUAGACUGCAUUGAAGCCUCGAGCUUCACCAUCCUAGUCAACGGUACCCCGACGGAGUUCUUUUACUCCUUUGUUGGUCUUCAUCAAGGGCAGUUGGUCAACAUUCAGAAGUCUACAGUUAUCUUCAGUCCGAGGAUGAAGCCCCAGGUGCAACUGGCGAUCGAAAAGUGCCUGGGGAUACGGAAGCAGACAGGGAUGCUGACCUACCUCGGAGUUUCAAUCACGAGCCAUCAUCUAAGGCGGGCUGAGUGCAGACCUUUGAAGCAGCAGAUCCAGGAGAAUCUUCAGGGCUUGUAA